GUGUACGCAUCCAGUCAACAGAGCUCACAGCUGUCUGACUCGUUCUAUUUGUUUAAAGCUACAACAUCAAAAAGUGUAAUAAAAUAUAUAAAUAUAUAAAAUGCACAACUUGAUAAAGAGUCCAGCACUAUACGAGAUACUAAAGAGCCCCAUGCCCGAGCAGCUAGAAAGCAACGACAAGAGAGCGACAACUGAGACAACAACUGAGCUGAAUGCAAAUGCGUUUGAGUUUGUGCCACGUGCCACGCUAAGCGAGAGCGAGAGUGAGCCGAAGACGACUGAGCAGCGGUUGAAUCUAAAUGAGCUGCAGCGUCAGUUCGAAGCGCUGGAUCAAUGCAAAGCAACGCAGCCGAAGCUGCUGCUGCCCUGGAAAGGAUUUCCCAAGCCGCUGCGUCCCGAGCGACUAAACAAAGCGCCUGCAGGCGCAACUGCGAAGCAGCAGCAGCCCAAGGCGAAGGCAGCGCAUGUUGCCUGCAAGCAAAAGAAGCCGCCAGCGCAUACAAACAAAGAGCCAGACUGCAAAGCAACGGACAAGCUCAAAACUACUGCUGAGAAGAAGCUGGCGGAGGAAAAGCGACGCGAGCAUGAGCGCAAAAUAGCGCUGGAGGCGCUCAAGCUUGUAGAGCAGCGACGCAGCCGCGAGACGGAGGAGCCAAAGCCAAAGCCGCUGGUGCAUUUGUCGCGCUCCCCAGUGCGCUUUACGCCUGAGGAGCGCGUGCGCGUCGAUCGCUUGCGUUUGAUUAAACGUGAGCAUAUCGAGCGCGUGCUGCGUGAAAUGCGCGAUGAGCUUGAAGCGAAGCAGCAGCAGCAACAACAACAACCCAUAAGCAAUCGCUAUGUAGCGCUGCAGCGUGCGCUGAAGCAGCAGCCAGCGUCAGAGACAGAGGCAGCAACUGAGCCUGUGCUGAAGCCAGCAGCAGCAGCAGCAGCGGAGGCGGCGGCGGCGCCACCCAAACGUUAUAUACCCACAGUUAAGCAAUGGGAUGAGCGCUGCAAAGCCAAAGCCAGCAAAGCAGCUGCCAAUAAAGAAAACGAGAAGCAGCAGCAACAUCAGCCCAGAGCAGCAGCUGAGGAGUCAAGCGAGCAACCAGCUCGUGCUAUGCUCGCCUCCAGUUUGCGUCAGAAUUUGCCACCGCAGCCUGCACAGCAACUCAACGCAAAGUCUCGCGAGCUGUUUGUGCCACGCUUUUGGCCACGUGCUCCCUCGCUGGCCAGCUCGGAGCGGCGACGUGGCAAUCUUACACAUGCGCGCAACAUUUCGCGCGCCUUUCCCAUGUGCGGCCUGCUGCCCACGCCCAGCCCGCAUGGCCAGCCAGACGACGACGACGACGAGGACGACGACGUCGCUUAUGAGUGCUCCAAGUCCAUCAAGCGCUACAGCAUUGAGCAGCUGCUCAAGUUGGAGCCACAGCCGCAGCAACUGCAAAAGCCACAAAUUGAGCAUUCGCUGCUUAAGCUCAACUUUCUCUUUGAUUAACUGCGUCCCAACCAAAAUUUUGUUGCAUUCACAUCUCUGUUUAUUGUUUCGAUUUUGUUGCUCAUCACUAUGAAUUUAUUAUGAAUUAUAUUAACU